GUUAUGCAGCAAACUAAACAGCGAGAGGAAAUAUAUGAUUUCGCAGGACGGCUCCUCACCUCUGUGGCCUCAAUCAUGUUCUAACCGAGAGACACACCGUGCCUGAAUCAUGGAUACGACUCAGUACAGCUGCAUCUCCCAGUUCCUGGUAGAUGGAGGAGCAGGGGUUAGCUGCGUCACGGUGGACCCCAUGGAAGAGCUCAUAUGGAUGGGAGGCAUGGGGGGCCACGUCACGUCCUACUACGGUGCCGCGUGCGAGAAAUACACUUCAUUCCCGUCGUUUCCGCAAGGCUAUCCGGUCCGAGCGAUGACUGUACACCCAGACGGAGUCUUGACGUUGUCCGACAUAGGAGUACGGAUGAACAAUCGGCGUGGACCUUCCAAAUGGCUGAUGACUUCUCAAGAGGAAUUCUUUAACCUCAGCUGUAUGACUCUCCUGGGAAAAAGCGACCACAGACUGGCCAUUUCUGGAAAUCAACAAUCCUUGUUUGAGCUGGAUAUAGAGCGAAAUGGUGCUGUAGUGCGUCGUGUCACUUCGGAGAAUCAUGAGCUUGGAGGCUACAAGGUUCUCAAGAGCAACCCCCAGUACCUUUGCUGUGCAGACUUCAACGGCAACAUCGACUUGCGCAACAAAGACUCGUUGCAAGUGAUACACACGUUCGAGGGAGGAGCAACGAACAUGGUCAACGACAUGGCCGUCCUGGGUAAUCAAUUGGUGACCUGUGGAUUUUCGGAGCUGUACGGACGACCUUCGCCCCAUUUGUAUCUUCGAGUUUACGAUCUCCGGAUGCAAAAACUCGUGCCGCAGUUAUUGCAGAUGCUCUUCCCGCCUUCCUUCCUCAAGUUCAUCGAAACGUACACGUCCAAGAUCAUGUGCGUCUCAGAGAGUGGCCAAUUCCAAGUGGUCGAUGUUGGUUCAUUCGAAUGCGCCUCGACAAUGAGCGUGAUCGACCCAACGAUUCUCACCGGACCGGUCACCUGCUUCGACAUGUGCUCCACAUCUCAAGGCAUUGUAUUUGGGGACGAAAAUGGGAUGCUUUACCUCUACGGAACGGCUCCUGACAUGCGAUUUCACAACUAUGUGCGACCGACGGAAUUCGCGGAUCCCGUGGAUCCUCCGUCGCCAAUGGACAUCCAGAACCCACUCACUGUGUAUUCUUCCGUCCCCAUGCCGAUUACGAAUGAGCCGAUGCUGAGCGACCUGUUUCCCCACAUGUCGAAGUUCAGGUAUCACGUUCCUCAGCCAAUCGACCCCGGGAUACUGCACAGCAUGAAGGUCGUUGGCAAUUUGGGUUACGCGCCGAACAAUGGUCGAAUGCGCAAGAACGAAUGCCCCUAUAUCCUGAACAAGCAGCACCUCAAGAAGCAAGAUAUGUCACCAGUUCAGGAUAGCCAUGUCCCGCAUUACUACGCUAAGGUGGACAUAAAAUACAACAAACUCGGCAUCGAAGACUUCGAUUACAAUCAAUACAACAACACCUGUUUUGCCGGCUUAGAGAGCUCUUUACCCAACUGCUACAGCAACGAUAUGCUCCAGGUUUUCUACUUCCUUGAGCCGUUCCGGAUCAUGAUACUUAAUCAUCUUUGUGAGCGCGAAUUCUGUUUGUCCUGCGAGCUCGCUUUCCUAUUUCACAUGUUGGAAACAGCGCAAGGCCUUCCAUGUCAAGCGAGCAACUUCCUGCGGGCUUUCCGCACGAUACCCGAGGUCACAGCUCUGGGACUCCUCAUAAACGAAGAUCGUAUCACAGGGUGCAAGCAAUUGAUUCAGGGCUGGACAAGAUUCAUGCUGUCUCAGCUCCAUCAAGAGACAGUCGACGAGAGCGGGGAAUCCAUUAUCACGAAACUGUUCACAUUCACCCAAAUUAUUAUUCAAAAAUGCAAGUGCCUGUCCUACGCUGAAAAAGAGACAACUGCGAACACUAUAGUGCUGAACUAUCAGCCGUCUUCCGCGAGCGGCGAUGAGGCCAGCAGAGUCACCUUUGCGGAAGUCUUGCAGAAGUCAAUGUACGUCCAUAAUCAAAUCAGCGUCUGGUGCGAUACCUGCGGAAAGUACACGAAUACUGUGGAAACUAGAAUCAUGACGACUCUGCCGGACAUUUUGGUGAUCAACUGUGCCACGAAUUCCAAUUCCGCCAAUGAGAUGUGGAGCAAGAAGAGCGAUAGAGAUGCGUCGAAGCCUGAGAAUGCUAGAGGAACAAGAGGAGAUUCUCCCUCCGCGAUCCUCCGCCUGGCGAAACCUGACUGCCAUUGCUCCUGACCCUGAUAUUCCAGAUUCGGCGACAAAUGUACACGUCGCGGUUGUCGCUACAUCCAUGGCGACAGUUCCGACGCGUUGAGAGAUAUCUGCGAAGGAGAUUCCUGGCUGCCGUUCACAUUGAACAUCACACUGAGCUCCGACGGCUCUGUGGCCGUCACAGAAUCCGAAUUGGAAAACGAUGGAGUCAAUUAUGAGUUGACAGCCAUCGUAUGCGUAAUCCAAGUCGAUGGUCGCGAAAAUAUCGUGUCACUGAUAAAAGUGGGUCCGGAGUACCACGAGAAACAGCAUUCGUCGAGGAUGGCUCACUGGUACGUCUUCAAUGAUUUCACCGUCCACUCGAUCAAGGAGAGUGAGGUGGCGUACAUGCCCAUCGAAUGGAAGCAGCCCUGCAUGCUCUACUACGCGAAGAAGGACCUCGCCGAAAAGUUCAAAAAUCUAAAGGUACAAUCGCCAAUCAAAGAAGCUGUGAUUCGCAACGAUUACUCGAUCGGACCAGCGGUACGCAUGAAGACUUUCACGCCACUGAAAGCAGCGGAGCAAUUCAAAGCAGGAGACAUCGUAGCCAUGGACGCCGAAUUCGUGACGCUGAACCAAGAAGAGGCCGAAAUUCGUUCGGAUGGCACCCGAGCCACGAUCCGACCAAGUCAGCGUUCCGUCGCUCGGAUCUCCUGUCUCAGGGGACAGGGCAAGAUGGAGGGCGUCGCGUUCAUAGAUGACUAUAUUGCCACCCAGGAACAAGUCGUCGAUUAUUUGACUCAAUUCUCGGGCAUCCAACCCGGUGAUCUCGACGUGAGCGUCUCUUCAAAGCAUCUCAACACAUUGAAGAACACCUACCAGAAGCUGCGUUUCCUCGUUGACGCUGGCGUGAUUUUUGUCGGGCAUGGUCUUAAGAACGAUUUCCGAGUGAUCAACAUCGUCGUGCCUCAGGAGCAGGUCCGUGAUACCGUUCUCCUGUUUCAACUCAGGAACAAGCGGAUGCUGUCGCUGCGUUUCCUGGCUUGGCACUUCUUCGGAGAGACGAUUCAGUCCGAAACACACGAUUCCAUUGAAGAUGCCAAGACGGCCCUCCGCCUGUACCGAAAGCACGAGGAGCUCGACAAGAAGGGGGAAAUCAAUAAUGCGCUCACAGAGCUCUACGAGGUCGGCAAGAAAUACAACUGGAAAGUUCCCGAGGAUAACAGUCAGAGCAACUCGGGUACCCCUGCAGCACCAAUGGAGUGA